AUGCAGGCCAUCGGGCGCGAUGCCACCGUGCUCUUCGAGUCCUACCACCUCCGCGACAAUGUGGCGCAGCAGUACCUCACCCGGCUGCCGGAGUUGGAUCGCAUGCCGGAGGGCAUGUCCGACUCGGCCGAUGGGACUCUCCUGCCGUAUCCGCUGGACUCGCCGGUUUUCGUGGAGAUCAAGCGCCGGGUUCGGGCGGAAGUCCUGGCACGGGUGCCUGCGGCGCCGGGGAAGGGCGGCCAGCGCGGCGGCCCGGGCAUCGGCCUGGGCAUCGCCUUCACCCUGGUCGGCUGGCUGGGCAGCUGGAGCAUCAUGCUGUGGGCCGCCCGGCUGGGCUGGUGGCCGCUGUCCUUCGCCGCCUGUGCGGUGCUCAGCCUCUUCACCUGCCAUGUGGCCCUCACCCUCUCGCAUGGUGGCAUGCAUGGGAAUCUGGUGGACCAUGGCCGGUGGAAUGAGCUGCUCGGCCUCUGCCACGACAUCAUCGGCGGGUGCAGCCUCGUGUGGACCUAUCACCACCAUGUGUCGCACCACAUGCACACCAACGACCCGGAUUACGAUCAGGACAUCUUCCUCGCGUGGCCGACCUUCCGCUUUGAUUACCGGCUGCCCCAAUACUGGUUCCACCGCUUCCAGCACCUCUACUCCUUCGUGCUGUUUGCCUUCCUGUCAGUCUCCAUCCAGUAUUCGGAUUAUGUGAGCCUCUUCACCGGGUCCACGGGUCGGGUCAAGUUCCACGGCGCCUCGAGCUGGGAGUUCACCCGGUCCUUCCUGCUGAAGGCCGCCAACCUGUUCAUGCUUCUGGGCAUCCCCCUGCUGGUGUCCCCGGCCGGUAGCCUGGUGAAGGUGCUGAUCCUGUGGUCCAUCUACAAUGGGGUGCUGUCCUUCUGCUUGUCCUGGCUCUUUGCCGUGUCGCACAACAUUGGCGACACAAAGACCCUCUCCGAGGAAAGCGUCGAAAGCUGGCUCGAGGUCCAAGUCCGCCAUUCGGCCAACUGGGGCGGCCGCCUGGGCAACUUCCUCACUGGCGGUCUCAACUACCAGAUCGAGCAUCACCUCUUCCCCGGCAUGAGCUACGCCCACCUGCCGGAUGCCGCGGUCAUCGUGGAGGAGGAGUGCCUGAAGGCGGGCAUCCCCUACGUCAAGUACCCGACCCUGUUGUCGAUCUGCGUGGCGCUCUACAAGUUCAUGCGCGACUGCGGCCAGAAUCGCGACAGCCCGGCGGCCUCAGUUCCCUUGUCCAAGAAGAAGGACUAG